AUGUCAACAAUAAGAGAUGACACUACUAAAGAAGGACAUAAUGAGAAAAGAGAAGAUAUAAGUAGGAGAGAAAUAAAUCAAGAACAUUAUAAUUUUGAAAAAUACAAAGACAUUUUAUUAAGAAUUAGAACAUUAGUUAAAACAAUAUAUCCAAUAGCAAAUCUAGAAUCUGUUAAUAGACUGAGUAAUUUAAUUAUUCAUAACUUGAUUGUGUAUGGAAUAAAUGUUGAAGAAUGGAGAGAAAUAGAAGAAAUCAAGGAAUUAAAUAUUGAAGCUCUUCAAAGAAAUGUGAUUGACCAAAUUGUUUUAACACAUAGAAAACAUGAAGUAAUACUUAAAGCAUUAUUUGUUGAUAAAGUCAAAAGAAUAAUAACAAGAAUCAACGAAGGAAAUGUUUUAAUUGAGGAAAUAUAUAAAUAUCCAUUAAUUGGAACAGAGUGGGGAUAUGCAUUUGAUAUCGCAUUAUGUAAUGAAAUUGUUAAAAAAGGAAAUGAAAUGUAUCAUGAAUAUCUUAAUAAUCCAAUUAUUUCAUAUUAUUUAAUGUAUCAAUUUGGAGUUGUUGAUGAACAAAAACAAAUAGAAAUCAUUAAAACAAGAAUAAAUUUUCUGAUAAUGUUAUUUAAUAUGUAA